GCGGAGCGGUGGCGCGCACGGCACGUGGCGGGGCGGAGCGGGGCCCGGCGGCGGCGGCGGCAGCGGCAGGUUCUGGAGCCCACUGUCUCUGGCCUCCUGCCGUGCUCUCUGCAUUGACGUCUCUCUGAUCUGCUGACUUCAGUUGUUCUCCUGCUCUGCUGCUGGUGGCAUGCUCAGGGAUGGACUCCACCUUGUCCCUCUGAAGAGACUCUGCAUGCUCUCAGCAGCCAGGAGGAGAUUCUGCUGCCAGCUUCUCCACGAGCUGCGUCGCAGCAGGACUUGCUCAGUGGAAGCCUGGGAGGGGAUCCAUCCCUGCAGGUGUGUUGCUGCCGUGCCCACCAGCUGCCUGUGGACAAAGCAGUGUCUGUGCACCAUCUGCUCUGAGCUCCUUGGCCUGCACCAUCUGAACUCCCUUGAGUUCCUGGCAGACUCUUGGCUUGUUUUCCCAAGUGCUCUCUGUGAUCCUGUUGCAUUCCCUCUCUGAGAGCCCCGAGAGGAUGUGAACUUUGGAAUGGAGUCUCUGAGCACGCUGCAGACUCAGUGCAUGUGUGACACUGCUGCUGAGUAAUAGGAGGACUGGUUCAUUGCUGCGAGCAGCCCUUCUGUGUGGCUGCAGGGCACCAGCCUUGCCUGGGGCCUUCACCAUGUUCCUCCUGCUGCCCUUUGACAGCUUAGUAGUUAAUCUCUUGGGGAUUUCCAUAACUGUCCUCUUCACUCUGCUUCUGGUUUUCAUCAUUGUGCCAGCAAUUUUUGGAGUCUCCUUUGGCAUCCGCAAGGUUUACAUGAAAACUUUAUUAAAGAUUUUUCAGUGGGCAACACUGAGAAUAGAGCGUGGUGCCAAGGAGAAGAACCAUCCAUUGUACAAGCCCUAUGUCAAUGGUAUCAUUGCCAAGGAGCCAACGUCACUGGAGGAGGAGAUCAAGGAGAUGCGCCGGAGUGGCAGCGGCAAAGCCCUGGACACCCCCGAGUUUGAGCUCUCAGAUAUCUUCUAUUUCUGCCGCAAAGGCAUCGAGACCAUCAUGGACGAUGAAGUGACCAAGAGGUUCUCAGCUGAAGAGCUGGAGUCCUGGAACCUGCUCAGCAGGACCAACUACAACUUCCAGUACAUCAGCCUGCGCCUCACUGUGCUCUGGGGGCUCGGUGUGCUUAUCCGCUACUGCUUCCUCCUGCCCCUCAGGAUAGCCCUGGCAUUUACUGGCAUCAGCUUGUUGGUCACUGGUACCACAGUGGUGGGAUAUUUGCCAAAUGGAAGGUGUAAGGACUUCCUGAGCAAACACGUGCACCUGAUGUGUUACCGGAUCUGCGUGCGUGCCCUCACAGCCAUCAUCACGUACCACGACAGAGAGAACAGACCCCGCAAUGGAGGCAUCUGUGUGGCCAAUCACACCUCCCCCAUUGAUGUGAUCAUCCUGGCCAGUGAUGGCUACUAUGCAAUGGUGGGUCAGAUCCAUGGAGGGCUCAUGGGUGUGAUACAGAGAGCCAUGGUGAAAGCCUGUCCCCACGUGUGGUUCGAGCGUUCCGAGGUCAAAGAUCGUCACCUCGUCGCCAGAAGGCUCACAGAACAUGUCCAGGACAAAAGCAAACUGCCCAUUCUUAUUUUUCCAGAAGGAACAUGCAUCAACAACACAUCUGUGAUGAUGUUCAAAAAGGGGAGCUUUGAAAUCGGAGCCACAGUUUAUCCUGUAGCCAUCAAGUAUGACCCACAGUUUGGAGAUGCCUUUUGGAAUAGCAGCAAGUAUGGCAUGGUGACCUACCUCCUGAGGAUGAUGACCAGCUGGGCCAUCGUCUGCAGUGUCUGGUACUUGCCCCCAAUGACUAGGCAGCCUGAAGAGGAUGCAGUGCAGUUUGCCAAUCGAGUGAAGUCAGCCAUUGCCAGGCAGGGGGGCCUUGUGGAUCUGCUCUGGGAUGGAGGACUGAAAAGGGAGAAGGUGAAAGAUGCGUUCAAGGAGGAGCAACAGAAACUCUACAGCAAAAUUAUUGUAGGCAGCCAUGAAGACCGGAGCCGCUCGUGAGUGCGCUGCCUCAGCACUGCACGGGGCUGGCCAGAGCCUCCAGCACCAGCCAGGGCUUGUCUGGAGCAACUCUGAGCCUUUGGACUUGGCCUACUCCAGAGCUGCUUGGACUCGCUCUCACACUCUGGCUGUUGUUUCCCAGAGGUUACUACUGCUGCCUGGAGUCUUUAGGCCUUGGGCAGCUCAUGGCAAAGAUGCCUUCCUGUUCCUGUUACAGUGAAGCCCCUUGCAGGGGCAGUAUUAAAUGAAUUUAUGGUG